AUGGACGCCACUGAGCUUUCCGACGAUCGCGUUGCGGAGAUUCAGAAAGCAGUCGGUAAUCCUUCUACGAGUAAGCCCUUCCUUUCAAGUACACUUCCCGAACUGCAUUUAGCUGACCAUUUUACUUCAGUGUCACCAGACGAGUACUCGGCGAAGUUGAGACAUGUAACUGGCAGUGACGAGAUCCUGUUACAGUUUUUGGAAAAGGCAUGCAAGGUGGAUAGAGAAAUGGCACCCUAUCCGGCCGAAGAAUGGCUCAAGCGGCUUAGUGCAAUGGACUUUGGAGAUGUCGCCGCUAUUUCUAAGCAUCAUUUUGCCUUGACACUCUAUAGAGUGCGUCGGUUUGACCUUGGCACCGAUGGCGAGAGCACGUUUGCAGUCGAAACAGAUCCUGAGGCUCUUUUGACGCAAAAAGCGACGCUCCCACCACUAUCACCCUCCGCAGACAUUGAGUCUGGCGACUAUAAUGCCCAUCCUUCCUUGAUCUCUCUGCAGAAGGGUGAGGAUCCUGAGCCUUCCAAGACCGGCCCAGUCACAGCUUCCAGUCAACCACUUCCUUCUCUAGUCAUGCCCAUCGGACAGCUGCAGAAGAAGUCUAAGGAAGAGGACGAUGAUGCUUACGUCGAUACUGACUAUUUCCUCGCCAUUGACGCCACCAAGACUAACCAUCCUGUCUGGCUGAUCUAUGACCGAAACCCGCGCGAUUAUUUCGGUGAUCGAGAACUCGUCGACCCUGACAAGCGACGCCUGGUCUUCAAGGAACUUGGAAAGAACUUUGAUGCUAUGAUGGUUCUUCCAAGUCUCCAAUGGUGGAUCAUGUACUACGGAAGGCUCGACUUCGCUCACAUGCUGAAGAUCAUGCGGGCAACAGGCAUCACAGGCCCAAUCCAGGCUAAGGGGCUUGCCCUUUCGGAGGCUAAAAAGAUCCUCAGCAAGUAG